AACUCCCCACUCUUGUGCUUUUGGUCGAGCAUCGCAUCUAUCUCCUGUUGCGUCUAAAGUUGGACUUUCCAACAUGUAUGGUAGCGGGUGAGGUGAUUUGUCGCGAUACAGAUGUCGAGUAGAAGAAACGCGACCAUGCUGCGUUUACGACUCGCGUGACGUCUGUGUGUUGUUGUUGCCGUCGCUGUUAACGUCCGUGAGUUCGACUGAUGGAUCAUCUGAAGGAGGAAUUGCAGCAGAUCUCCACAUGGUGCACCCAGGAGGGUCUUGACCCCGACGCCCCUGAAGAGGCUCAGCUGUGUUUCUUAUGGCGUGCUCAUCGGCACGUAAGAAGCCGACUCAGCACUGCAUUGAGAGAGCUGGAUGUCCAGCAUGCUGGACACUUGGCAGAGAUGGCAGAGGUGUGCAAGUCCCUGGAGCAGAUCCGAAACUUCACGGAGCAAAAAAACGUUCUCGCUCUGGAGAUACAAGACGAGAACGACCAGCUGAAGGAUCAGUUGCAGCGCUUCAUAUCCCUGCAAGAUGCCCAGCUAAGCGAAGUGGCCAAAAUGCUGUACCAGCAGGGUCUGACUGAGCUGGUCCACUGCAGCCCCAGUGAGCAGGUCGCCUACCUGCUGGUGGAGAGAGAUUCACUUCUGGAGACCGAGGAGAACCAGGAUGUCCCGACUGCUGGCAGUCCCAAAGCUGGAUCUCCGCUGACAAGUCACCAUAAGGGGGCUCCCCGCCUUGGCCAAAGCCCGUGGAAACGUCUCUUCGGACUCCACAGGACUUGCCCCAAUAAGCCGUCGUUAACGCCUGAGGGGAACAUACAGGCGACCACUCGGUCCGGUGGUCUCGAGAAGCAGUGUUCACGUCUGGAGCGAGACCUUGAAGAAGGCUCCCGCCGCUUGGCCAUGGCUCACAAUGAGAUUCGCCGUUUGACGGACCAGUUGGACUCCGCCCACUUGACCCAGAGGACUUACGAGCCGGAGCUGCAGAAAGCUCAACAGCAGGUGGAGCAGCUCCGACAGGAAGUGGGGAAACUCAAGAAAUACGAAAUUGUGGAGCUCCGGAAGGCGAAGGAGCUCAACGAUCGGCUGGAGUCGGAGGUGCGGGCCCUGAGGAGCCGCCAGGGAGCUCUGACCUCACCGGACGACGGCGAAGAGUCGAAGGAGGUGGAGAGGCUGGAGUCAUUGAUGAACCAGCAUCAGAAGGAACUCCAAAUCCUGCAGCUGGAAGCUAAAAGGAGCAGAGAGGAAGCACAGUCACAAGCAGCUGAAUUGAUGCAGAGCAACAGGUUGUGCAGGGAUUUGGAAAACAAGUUGAAUGAAGUGACACGGAAACUUGCAGAAAAGGAGUCAGAGAUACAGAAGCUGCAACAGACCUUGGUCCAGACCAGCAGCAGAGGAAUCAGUUUAAACCCCAAAACUACUUCCCAAGGUCCAAAAUGCCAGGAUCAAGAAGAAGCACAGAAUAAUGGAAGGUAUUCUGCACCAAACAACAAAAGAACAGCACAGAAAGAUGCGUCACUACUGCAGACGGAGCUACACGAGGAGUGUCCCAGCUGCAGAGGCGCCGCUAAGACCUUGCUGGCGACACGAGAGGAGUGUGAAAGCCUGAAGAGGGAAAUCUGUCAAACCCUUCAAAGUCUUGACAAAGAGCGGAGUAAAUACCACGAGAAGACGGAGAAGCACAAAGUGAAACUGAGCCGACUGAUGCAGAAGACAGAUGAGGACACCAGGUGGAGGGAUGAGAAGAUCGAGCGUCUGGAGAGAGAGGCGUCGCUCUGCUCCCACUCCUUAGUGAAGGAGAAGGAGCUUGUGACAAGCAUCACCAUGGAGAAUGAGAAGCUCCUGGAGGAGCGCAGGCGUCUACUCCAGCAGCUGAGUGAGGAGCAGCACAACAGCAGCGACAGCCAGCAGGCCGCGGCCUUGGCCAAGCGAAGGGUGGAUUUCCUGGAGCUUGAAAACAAGAAUUUGGGAAAGAAAAUACUUCAUAUGUCGGACCAGCUGUCUGCGCUGGAGCGACGACUGCAUGGUCUUCAGCCGCCGAAGUUUAUUACAGAUUUGAAAAACACUCAUACGUUUUUCAACUCCAGCGUGAAGAUACCCGAGUUCUCAAAACCCUCCGGCUCAUCGGUGACCAACCCCUCAGUGGGUGGAGACCAGGCGGCUGCGCUUCGGUCAGCAGAGGCUGGUUACCUAAACCUGACCUCAGCUCUGAGCCCCUCCGAACGCUCUGCUGAUGAGAAGCUUUGCAGCCACAUCGACUUGAAUCAGGAGCUGGAAACCUGCUAGUCAAGUGUGUUCUCAUCUGCUUUUUGGAAAUAUUUGACGGAAGUUUGUCUACUGUCAAAGGCACCUCACAGUAACAGUGCGGCUCAAGAUAAAGGUGUUAAAAUAAAUU